AUGGCUGCUACAAGAUUUUCAAAGGUUAGCUUUGAUAGAUGGUUAUACAGUUUAAAUAACGUAAUAUUUAUGUUCCGUCUUAUUGAUGUUUUUAUAAGGAAACAAAUCUACUUUCUUGAAAAUCUCAAUAGAUGGGUGUGUAAUCUUCAUUCUUCUCUUGUUUCAGAUGGUCAGUCAAAUCACCUGAACCUCUUCAACUCGCGGCCUCAGCCGAAAAAGAAACGAAAGUCCAGAACGGCUUUCACAAACCAUCAGAUCUUUGAGCUGGAGAAGCGGUUUCUAUAUCAAAAAUACUUAUCCCCAGCCGACCGAGAUGAGAUAGCCAGCUCUCUCGGUCUGUCCAACGCCCAAGUGAUCACCUGGUUCCAAAACAGACGAGCGAAGUUGAAACGAGACAUGGAGGAGCUGAAAAAAGACGUAGAAAGCGCUAAAGUCCUCUCAGCUCACAAGAGUUUCCUCGAGAAUGUCACAGACUUGGGCAUUUUAAAGAAGAAAGCUAUGAGCAUAGGGGCCAGUGAAGAGGCGGCGACGAAUUUAGUUGUGAAUGCGUCCAAAUGA